ACUAUAUCAACUCUGCAACUCCGCAACUCCAAAGACAAAAUGCUCUGAUUUCUCCCGGGGAACGCUCUUUUACGAGAGCAUCAAAACCUUCAAGAACAUACCUUCUUACUAUCAAAGCACCCCAGCGUCGACCGCUCGAAUACCCCCGACAAUGACGUCGUCGUCGUUGUCGUCUUCUGGCCCCGCCAGACCCCCAUCGCCGACAAGCAGCUUCUAUGCGCUGAGCGACGACGAGGAGGGCGAAUAUAAUACCAUUACCCAUACAAGUACCGGUCGGGGAGUCAAACUCUUGUAUUCGAAAAGCAAGGUAUACAUUCACCCCAGCCCUUCAGCGAAGGACAACAUACCCGGGUAUAUUGCCCUCCUCCAACAAAAGCCUACUCCCGACUCUCGUCCCGUCUCCUCUUCCUCCUCCACGACCUCGAAAUCUAGAAUCGCCGCCUCCCUCCUGCUCGCAUGGCUCCCCGAAAGCUCUCUCGGCGAUGCUCUAGAUACAUACGUGAAGGUUGAUCUAUCUGACGGAGAUUCGCCGCCCAAGCAGUCAUACCUUGUGCCUCCCCCUCCUACUUCAACUGCGUAUCCCGGCUCCAUUGGGCCUUAUGCCUUCGCCAUCCCGGUGUCGACCAUCUACAGCUUGUUGAUCCGGCCGCCGAAUUUGGGCUGGUGGUAUGGGAGCCUCAUCAUAAACACCCGCGCGGGGGACAGCUUCCCCCCGUUAUUCUUCCACGAUAACGAAUGCCAAUCUACGAUCCUGCAGAAGAAGAAGCGGACCAGGGAAUCUUUCGACCCCUUCGGUGCCGAUGGACAGAUGUUCUGGGGAGGUGACGAGGUAUUGCGAUGGUUGAAACGCUAUGUGACGAUCGAGAGGAGCGGCGCGGAGCCGAACAUAUAUCUUGUGGAGCCGAGUGCGGAGGAUAAGGAGGCCUUUGGGGGGAAACUUACCACGGAUGCAGUAGCACCAAAGGCGAGUAGUGCCGGGUCGCGAGUGGGUGGAGGGGCUGGCCCUGCAGGAAGUCCGCUCCAAAGAGGACCAGGAAUGGACCCAGUGACGAAAUUCGUGAAAGAGACCGGCUGGAAUUUACUUGAGAAGUUCAGCAGGGUCACGACAUUUACGAGAAGGACUGCGGAUUCCGUAAUCGAUAACCCGAAGAUACCACCGCAGGUUAGGAGGCUGCUCAGAAACCCAGAGGUACAGACGCUCCAGGAUGAGUUUGACAGUGCUAGGAUCUACUUGGCGAGGUGGGCGAUGGGCAUCGCGGAGCAGAGCGAGCGGGAUCGCAACCAGAGGAUUUGGACGGCAAGAGAUGUGCUUGAGAUGGAGGAGACCGAUGUUGGGGAUUUCGAGCUGCUGGAUACGGAGAUGGGACAGCUGUCUCUGAAGGAGCUGAGGAAGACGGUCACUUUGAAGGAGUGGAAUAGUUACUUUGACCAGAAGACUGGGAUCCUGCAAGUCACAGUCGAUGAAGUCAAGGAGAGAAUCUUCCACGGUGGCCUUGAUGUUGAGGAUGGUGUUCGGAAAGAAGCAUGGCUGUUCCUGCUCGGUGUCUAUGAUUGGCACUCGUCCCGGGACGAGCGAAAAGCAGAGAUGGCGAGCUUGCGUGACGAAUACGUGAAACUAAAAGGUGCUUGGUGGGAUCGCCUUGUUGACCUCGGUGGUGAUGGGGAAGAAGGCGAAUGGUGGCGCGAGCAGAGAGGCCGGAUCGAAAAGGACGUGCAUAGAACAGAUCGCACAAUCCCCCUCUUCGCGGGCGAAGAUACGCCACACCCAGAUCCGUCAUCGCCUUUUGCUGAUGCGGGCACUAAUGUUCAUCUGGAGCAGCUGAAAGACAUGCUCCUCACUUAUAACGAGUACAACCGCGAACUCGGUUACGUACAAGGCAUGUCUGAUCUGCUUGCCCCCAUCUAUGCCGUGAUGCAAGACGAUGCCGCCGCCUUCUGGGGCUUCCAGCAUUUCAUGGAUCGUAUGGAGCGAAAUUUCCUCCGCGAUCAGAGCGGGAUGCGCAAGCAGCUCCUCACACUGGAUCAGUUGGUGCAGUUGAUGGACCCGAAGUUAUAUCUACAUUUGCAGAGUGCGGAUAGUACGAACUUUUUCUUCUUUUUCAGGAUGUUGCUCGUAUGGUACAAACGUGAGUUUGAAUGGUUAGACGUGCUGAGGUUAUGGGAGGGGUUGUGGACCGACUAUCUCAGUUCGAAUUUUCACCUUUUCAUUGCUUUGGCGAUCUUAGAAAAGCACCGAACGGUCAUCAUGGACCACCUGAAGCAUUUUGAUGAAGUACUGAAAUACGUCAACGAACUCUCUAAUUCGAUAGACCUCGAAUCGACCCUGGUCCGUGCAGAAGCUCUCUUCCGCCGCUUUCAGAGAACGGUCGAGGCCAUUGAUAAGAAAUCCAACUUCCCCGCGCCGACACUGCGCCAUCGCCAACCUGCCGGUUACUCUUCCCCCUCGAUCAGCUCUUUACCUUCGUCAAGUACCCCCGGCUCCCCAUCUUCAGCCUCAGCAUUAGCAAAUACGAGUGGUACUGAUACCGUGACUGCUAGCGGAACGAACAGUGGGGGGACCAGUUCAAGGAGUGGCGGUGCAAAUGGGUCAGGGAAAGUCGCUGACAAGGGCAAAGGGAAGAGGAAGAGUGAUCAAGGGAGAAAGAGCGAGGAGGCAGAUGACGAGACUCCGAAACCACAAGUGAUCACUCCGGAGCUGAGAGAGUUGUUGAGUAGGAAAGUAGAGGUCUUGCCGCGUAAGGUAGUGCGGAAAGAAGGCGAAGGGAGGAGCAGCUUGACCAAGUGAGUCCCAAAGGGGAAAGACAGAGUAGAGAGUCGGGAAGUGAGCAGAUUGGCGUCUGGAUCAAACAUCUGCUUCCGGGUAAAGUCGAAUAUCAGCGUAGCAUAGGAGUUAAGGAUUACG